GAAGACAACAAAUCCCAGGAUGCAUCAGUGUCGGAGGCAUCGGACGACCCGCCGAGUAAAAAAGCUAAACUGGAUCCCGGCGUGAGCGACGCUCCGCCAGAAGGAGUGAAGGAGUCGGAUGUGUGCAUGCUGUGUUUGGGGAUCCUGCAGGAUCUGUGUGGGCCGAGUCGAGCCGUCAAGAUCGCAGAGACGGUGAAAACAGAAAACUACACGUUUGACACAUUGGUUCUUUCCGUGUCUCUGCCUGCUCAGCUGUGUGUCCGCGAGCAUUCCUGUUGGCUCCAUGUGAAGAAAGAAGUCAGAGAGAAGAGCUCUGUGCUCGACAAGGACGACGUCAUCCAGGUGAAGGAGGCCUUCAGUGGGGUCAUGCAGGGUCUGGUUGCCAAGGAGCUGGGAGGUGUUGCUGUGGUUAUCAAGAGUCAGUUCGAGGUCGGUGUGGAGUUCAUUCACCCAGAGACUGACGCUGACUGCCAUUUCCUUGCAACAACAUGUGGCGACUGCUUCAAACCAACCAAGAACAAACUGUCGCUGUUCACCAGGAUGGCCGUCGUCAAAGCUCUGGAAAGACUAUCUGACAGCAAAUUCCUGAAACACUUCCCCUGUCCUCCGACACGGCCGAGCUCCAGCUGCACAGCGCAGGAUAUACAGUGUCUCCACGUGUCUGUGUUUGUGGCAGGGAGGUACAAUAAGUUCUGCCGCAGUCUGCCUCAGACACCUUGGGUGAUCGAUGGAGAGCGGAGGAUGGAGUCGUCAGUAGAGGAGCUGAUCGCUGCUCCCGUCCUGUCCUCCUUCAGGGCCGACGGAUUUAAUUUCUCCUCGUCCGGCAGGGAGGAUGUGGACGUACGGACUCUCGGGAAACGUGAACAGGCUCUCUGUAGAAGAACUCUGGUUUUGUCACCUGAAGUGUGUUUCUCGGUGUAUUUCGCAGGUCGUCCGUUUGCGAUGGAGCUGCUGAAUCCUCACACGUCCCGACUCAGCAGAGCGGAGAUGAAGCAGCUGCAGGAGACUAUCAACAACUCUUCAGACAAAAUCAAAGUGAGAGAUCUGCAGAUUGUCAGCAGAGAGGCCAUGGGUCGGAUGAAGGAGGGCGAGGAGGAGAAGACCAAGUCGUACACGGCUCUCAUCUGGACCCAGAAACCGAUCCAGAGAGAAGACAUCACUUUCAUCGAUGAGAUCAAAGAUCUGACUCUGGACCAGAAGACUCCUCUGAGGGUUUUGCACCGCCGGGCGCUGGCCGUCCGACAGCGAGUCAUCCACACUAUGAACGCCCGCUUCCUGGAUCCACAUCACUUCCACCUGGGACUGAGGACUCAGGCCGGACUUUACAUCAAAGAGUUCGUCCACGGAGACUUCGGCCGGACCAAACCCAACCUGUGUCAGCUGCUGAAGACGGACACGGACAUCCUGGAGCUGGACGUGGAGUCUGUAGAUGUCGAUUGGCCUCCUGCUAUACCGGAGUGAUCGCUGCCGCCGCCGCUGCUUCACUGAUGCUGGUCCCGGUUUGAUCUCAGCAUCCACGAGCCGAGCCGUCAACUCGACAGACUCAGAUACUGUGCAAAUGUGACGGCGCCCUAAAAAGCUGCAGCGUGGAGGAGAAGAGGAAACCUUUGGAUGAUGUCACUCAGUCCUGCCGGCUGCUGCUUUGUGACAUCCGGUCUGUUUUAUGUUUUUUUUUUGUUCUGGAUUUUUUUUGUUUCAGACCAAGUCGAGCAAGUGUAGAUCACAGGAAACGGCCUUAAGACUUAAGUUUAGAGCUUUGUAGCAGCAACGUGAGAUUAUAAAGCUCAUUAUGAACCAGUUAAUCUAAGCCAUCGUUUUUGGUUUCAGUCGUAGAAAAUGGAAGAUGAUGCUAUUAUUAGGAUCGUACUUUAAGCUACAUGCAAACUUUAGCAUGUUAACAUUUAUCAUCAAGUUACAUUAUUGUUGUUUUUUUGGUGGUUUAUGAGUAUAAAUAUGUACAAAUCUGUGCUGUUAUCUCUGUUCCUGAUAAAAGCAGCUGUGAGGGCUCAUUUUUCUACUUUCUACUACAGAGAUUAUGAAACUGUAACCUG